AAAAAAAAAAACUCCAACCACAGAACUGCACCAUGCGCCUCCACUCAUUGGGUUUGGAUUAAUCACCGGGAAGUCGAUAAUACUGACAUUUUAUGGAUUCUUUGGACAGUUUCUGAAAAAAAUACAAACUCACACACGAUGUGUUUAGUUUGUUUGCUCGCUGUUAAGGACAACCACUGCCUCAGUUUGGCUCCUGUUAUGACGCUUCUCAACUACACAGAUGGACUAGGAGAGCUAGCCGCCAUGGAGGUAUAAAUCCAAACAUCUUUUCUUGGAUUUUGCGGGAGCUUUUCAAUGUGGGCGUUUACGGACAGCAAGAUUUCCAUUGAAGUUGAAUGAUGGCAUCACGUUGGGCUCCCACUGAAGAAGAUGAGCGGCAUCAAGCAAGGUCUUCGUUUUGUGAGAAGGACUCUGCAGAGAGGCAAAGUUUGGCUGACUGUCCUGCAGUGCAGUACUCCACAGAAGAGGAGCCGUUCGCUUGGCCGAGGCCCAAAACCGUGCGCUUACGCCGCACAUCCCUGGGGUUUGGGUUCACUUUGCGGCAUUUCAUCGUGUACCCGCCAGAGUCGAGCCUGCACUGCUUCCCGGAAGAAGAUUGUGGGCGCAGAGGGAGGCAGAGAAAUAGGUUAGAGCCAAUGGACACUAUUUUUGUGAAACAAGUCAAGGAAGGGGGUCCUGCUCAUGAAGCUGGCCUUUGUACAGGUGAUCGAAUAGUGAAGGUGAAUGGAGCCAGCAUAAUCGGAAAAGCUUAUUCUGAGGUGAUAACUUUGAUCCAAGACAGUGGUGACGUUCUUGAGCUUUGUGUGAUGCCAAAAGAUGAGGACGUACUGCAACUGGCCUAUUCCCAGGAUGCCUACCUGCGUGGCUACAAUAGCUACAGUGGAAAUGCUAGUCACAUCCCUGACCCACCAGUGGUAUGCUACCCCAGAGUAGACUGUAAGCCCACGGGCAUGGCCCAGGCGACAGACCCGUCGGGGCAGGUCUGCCGGGGUCCAGCAGCAUCUCUUGAUUAUGGGUAUCGUAAGGAAAUCACUGUGCCCCCAUCUCCUCCACGCCAGUAUUCCAAAAGCCAAACAGCGGUGUGCAUGCGCAAUGACAGCGUUAGGACUGUGGUGGUUCCUCCCAACUCGGCACACAUGGGGCGUGUGGUUUCGGCACAGAGGGUUGAUUUCAUGGACCCUGCCUAUGUUAGGGGAAGACCGGGGUCACUGGCCCAGUAUCCUUUCCCUCGAAAGGCCGACAUCUAUCCCAGCGGUCCAGGAAUGGUUCCCUUUGCAAGUCAAGCACCUAACUACCCAAGCAACCAUCAGAACAUUGACUGGCGCACUUACCAGACAUACAGGGAGUACAUUGACAACAAAGGUAUCCAUUCCCAUGGUAGUCGGACAAUUCAGGAGAGGUUGGACAAUUUUCGAAUUGCAGGUCAGCCCUCCUUUGCAGCUGCUUCUCACAUUCCCAGAGGAGACUGGGUUCCUAAAGGGAUACGGCGCAGGAGUACCUCCCAUGAACGAUCAUACCACGGACCUCCACCCCAUUUUCAGGCUGCCCCACGCAGUGCUUCACAGGACCGGAUGAGGAAUUCAGAGAAAAUAAGCAAUCCAAGGAACUGGCCCCCUCGAAGUGUGUCCCAAGAUGCCCUGGUUCUGAAAGCUCGAUCUCAUUCCAUAGACUAUGUUGAACCUAUUGAGCUGUCUCGGCCCAGUGAGAGGAGAGCAGGGUAUCCAAGGGCAGACCAAGGCACAAGGCCCAGCCGGCAAGCGAUGCCCAGAAACGCUGUGCCCUUCAGGCCUUCGGCUGGAUACAGCAGCAGUAUGAGAGGAGCACCAAACCCACAUUUUUUCUCUAAAGGUCCAGAUUCCCUUCAGACUCGCUCCUCACCGAUGCUGUCUGACAUGCUUUUUGGGAAAAGCACUGAACAUUCUUUUACCAACCAAAGAGUUUCAGUCCCAGCACACCAUCUAGGCCACACGAGCCAACCAGGCCAGAACAGGAUGAGGUCAGAAACCAUACAGAUCUCUGAGGCAGGCAGAGACGCAACAGUAGUUGGAAUCAGGUCUUCGUCGAGCUCUGCUGCAAGAGAGAUCCCUCAGAGGCCUGGCAUCCUCAAAACAGCCCACCAAGAUUCUCAAAGUCAGGUAAACGGUCAAAGCCCCUCAGAACCUGCGGUGGUAAUGAGGGAGAAACCUCACAGUGGAAAGAACCCCAGCCCACUGCGGCACCCCUCCUACAUCCUGGCGGUGAAUGACGAAGGAGCGGACUCUACGGCAGACGUGGCGGCUUGCUGGCUUCCAAACGAUACACGGCGAGAGAUACAUAUGCGCCGCCUUGAGGAGCAACGUCACAACUCCUGCUCCAGCAACCUGGACGAGUCCCUGGACGCCAUUCCAUUCAUCGAUGAGCCAGUCAGCCCCAGUGUUGACCGAGAGGCUGCUCCCAUCCCUCCCUCUGCUGUGAUAUCUGUUGCACCAUCCAUAGCGACAGCACCCUCCAGUCAAGGCUCACCAUGUCCAACUAUUCAUCGACAGCUGUCACAUGACCAAGAGUCUAUGCGAAGUGCUUUGUUGGACUCAGACUCUGCUGGUAAAACAGAGCGAUCAAAGUCUUAUGACGAGGGUCUGGAUAACUAUCAGGAGGAGAGAAGAGGAUCUGCAAGCAAACAUAUGGCCAGUUUCAGAGGCCUGAGAAAGACACUGGAUGGGCAUAAACCCACUGGGGACUCUGGAUCUCGUAGAGAGUCUUCUUUAGAUGUAUUUGCUGAUUCUUCCAAAGAAGGGCUUCUUAACUUCAGGCAACUUAGCACAGACAAGAAUAAGCGUGUUGGUGGAGGCAUGAGAUCCUGGAAACAGAUGUAUGCUAUCUUACAAGGCCACACCCUGACCCUCUACAAGGAUAAGAAGGAUGCCCUGUCUCACGCCGCAUCCCAGUCUGACGAGGACCCGCUCCGAAUUAGCAUCAAGGCCUGUCUGAUUGACAUCUCCUACAGCGAAACGAGACGCAAGAAUGUGCUGCGGUUAACCACCUCAGACUGCGAGUAUCUGUUCCAGGCGGAGGGGAGAGAAGACAUGCUCUCAUGGAUCAGGGUUAUCCAGGAAAACAGUAACCCGGAUGAGGAGAAUGGUUCUGUUACCAGCCAGGAUUUGAUCAGCAGAAAGAUAAAAGAAUACAACAUGAUGAGUGCUCCCAGCAGCAGAUCAGAGCCCUCCCCUAAGUCCUCUCGGCAGUCGCUCAGCAUCAAGCAAGCAUUCCUGGGAGGCAAAACAGAAGGCCGGAGCCACAGCUCCCAUUCGCCCAGAACGGGAGAGGAUCGAAGGGCGCUGAAAGAUGAAUCAAGUCCACCUCGAGACAGGGGAGCCUGGAAAAUCGGCAUAGCCGGGAUCAUGAAGAAACCAUUUGAAAAGAAGCAAGCCGGCAUCACUUUCGGUGUCCGUCUUGAAGAUUGUCCCCCUGCUCAAACUAACAGGUUUGUUCCGCUGCUCGUGGAGGUGUGCUGUCAGGUCGUAGAGGAGCGAGGACUGGAGUACACUGGAAUCUACAGAGUUCCUGGAAACAACGCUGCCAUCUCCAACAUGCAGGAGGAGCUCAACACCAAAGGCAUGGCCGACAUCGACAUCCAGGAAGACAAAUGGAGGGACAUUAACGUGAUUAGCAGUCUAUUAAAGGCAUUCUUCCGAAAACUUCCAGAACCUCUGUUUACAAAUGAGAAGUAUGAUAAAUUUAUUGAAGCCAGCAGAACAGAAGACUCAGUGGAGCGUUUAAAGGAGCUCAAGAGGCUGGUCUAUGAAUUGCCCACUCAUCACCUUGAAACUCUCAAAUUCCUUUGCGCUCACCUAAAAAAGGUUUCCGAUAACUGUGAACAGAAUAAGAUGGAGCCUCGCAACCUGGCAAUCGUGUUCGGUCCGACGCUGGUCAGAACGUCGGAGGACAACAUGACCGACAUGGUCAAUCACAUGCCAGACCAGUGCAAGAUUGUUGAGAACCUUGUCCAGCAGUUUGACUGGUUCUUUAUGGAAGACGGCAGUGAAGAUCCAGUUGCUGUCGUCGAGCAGGAGAGCACAGUGCAGUCUCAGCCUGUGCCCAAUAUCGGCCACCUGCUCACUAACAUCAGCCGGGUUCCUGCCUCUUCCAGUGAAGUCUCAGGCCAAGUGGGCGGCGUCUAUCACUCGAUGGUGUCCCUGAUGGACUCUGUUUUGUCAGUGAUGGACAGCUGGGACUGUAGGAAGAAGGACGAGUGUUGUGCCCAGUGUAGCUGCCUAGUCUGCAGUAACCCGCAGCUCUUUUAAAUUUGGCCGAAAGGAGGAAAAAAAGAUAAAGAAAGAAAGAGAAGUCGAUGUUUGUCAUUGUUCCUGUGCUGUGCACAUCUCAUAUUUAAACCAGUACCCUAAACUGAGGGGAUACAGAGCCACGCUGCUGCACUUUCUCUGAAAGCCCUUCUGCUGUCUCUUGUUGUCUUUUAAGCUGAUCGCAAGGACAAGUAGCAUGGUACGGACAACCUCAGGUUCUCUUCCGGUUGUGUGGCAUAAUCUGUCAUGAUGUCUGAGGGCGGGGUCGUGGGGUCGGGACUGAGCUGGAUGUUCCCCGGCACACACAAACAAAUCCACUCAUACAGCCACAUCCCAGCCCAGUUCUAACUAACUGAUGCAGAGGCGUGCAGGCGUUCAAGUCGCACAUUAAGUGAUCGUGAGCAUGUAGAUGGAGCCUAAAUUGUUUCUACGUGAUUUUUUUUUAAAACUUUUUUUCAGGUGCCACCUUUUUUUUAAUUUUAUUUGUUGUCUGUGGUGUUUUUAUUUGUACAUUUUUGUCUCUGUUUUACAUUUCCCGACUUCGCACCAUUGACUACAGACGCGCCUAGCUGUACAGUACGUCAUCUCUUUGUGUUGCAUAACUCUUGAGAACCACGUCACUCACUUAUUGUGUUCCUAAAACCACAAAGGGGAGAAAAGAAAAACAUCUAGGAUUGGUUUUAAGUCUGAUAGUGAGGUUGUUGUUUUGUGACUCCUACACAGAGUUUAAUUAGAAGAACAAAUGAUUGAUGAACCAGUCGGUUUUUGAGGCUCAGUGGAGCUGUCCAGGUCGUUCGUUGCGGUUUGUUCAACCUGCAGCUUAUUUAGCUGAACUUCAACAAGUUUUUUCAGAUUAACAUAAGUCCAGCAUCCCACUCCCUUCUUCCUUUUGUUAUAUCUAAAUAUAUUCUAAUUUCCUUUCUUCCUGCUGUUUUUUCUUCUCUCCUUCUUUGUAACUCAUUUCUUCCUACCUUCCUCCUUCAUAUCCAACAUCCUUUCUUGUCUCACCACCUCUUCGUCCUUCUCCUUCCAUCUGUCUUGCCCCCUUCUUUGUGUGCUUCCUUUCUUUCUUUGGUUCUUCUUCUCUCCUUUCCUUGUUUCCUUCCUCCUCCCUCUAUUUAAAUAACGAUAAAUACAUCCUGAAGUUUUACAUUUUCUAUCUUAAAAUAGCCUUAAAGGACUGAGUGUUCUGGAAAUUUGAGUUUGGAAAAAGUCCUGGAAACAGCAGUUGUACUUUGUAUUGAUUAGCAACAGACUGGAGUUUUGAUUUUCAAAUCUGCUUGUCGGGGAAAGUCGAACUGAAAACCGUCAGACUUAUCAGUGCGUGUCCAGCUGUAAACCAUAGAAGUUCAUUUAAGAGAUUUUUUAAAUUCAACAAUGAAAAUUAAAGCACAUUGAUCAGACAAAAAGAAAAGAAAAAAAUGCUGCAGGUUUCUAUGUAGAGAGAAUUUUAUUGAAUCUAACAGAAAGUUAAGAUAUUUAAAGAUUAUUCCUACUAAUGCAUCAUGUUGUUUAAAACCUAAAAACAACAUGCGUCAUAGAACAGAAAAAAGUGGGAUGUUUCACUUAAUUAACAUAAAAGUAUUUAUUGUUCGACCUGCUGAUCACCUGUUGGAAGAAAAACAAAACUGGUUGAUUUUUGGAUUGGAUGAUCAUUACAUAUUCCUGUACAUUUUCGGCAUAUUAUGCAGUUGUAGGAUUUUCUUGGUUUUUAAUCUUGUGGCUUUUUAGUGCAAAAAUAUACAUUUUUUUACAUGCUAUGAAGUAAAAAGUAGCAUUUUUAAAGUGUCUCGAUAAAUUAUUAGACUUUAUUUGAAUCCCCCUUUUGUUGCUUUUUGGAGUCAUAAGCAGGAGUUGCUAUAGUUUCUGUGCCGUCCAAAGCUUCUGUAAGUACUUGUUUAGGAAGGCAUAUUAGCUGCAGUUAAAGUCUGAAGUUUUGCUGCACACUAUUGUUUUGCCUUUUAUGUUGUUCUUAGUGACAGACUACACAUUUAAGCUCACCGCAGGAGCUCUCUGAGCGAGACAGAUCCGUUACAUUGAGGCUUCCUGUACCAGCUCUGCGGUAUCGCUCACAACACACUCACCGAUCCGACACACUCAGGGCCACCUGAAAUUUCCCCAGUUAGAGCAAACUCAUUGACUCCCCCUCCUCUGUGACGUCUUGAGUUGGGAAAGAAUGUCUCCAGCUGGUCGGUGGCUACAUGUGAUGCUCUGUGACUGCCGUGUUUGUCCCCCGAUGUGCCGUCGUUCCAUCGAUACAUGAGCAUGAGCUGCUUUUUGUGUCGUUUACUGCCGGGUUUUUCACCUCCUCUCCAUCUCAGGCACCUUCUGCUGCUCUAUUCACUUUUUUGCAUUUAGUGCUGACUUCUUGAUUCUAUUCCUGUGUCUUCUUCUUCUU